AUGACAUGUGAAAGAUAUCAACAUCUCGCGCCGCCAUCGAAAGUGGCUAAACUAAAUCGUCUUCGCUCCUUUGGUCAUAUAUUAAGUAGACCGGCAGAUCGCCUUGUUCAACGAGUUCUGACGAGUUUGUCGGGUUCGAGCUGGAAGAAGCCACCUGGCCGAAAACGGAAGUUUUGGACUGAGGUGAUGAAAGAGGACCUGAGGACACCGGGUGUGGAUAGACAGUCCAGGCGAGAUGCAAGUUUUCGUCGAAUAUGGGUAUGCGACGAAUGA